AUGAGAAAUGACCUGAAUAGAAGAAGGUUAAGAAUCUGGAACCACUGCCAGGACAUUCUGUUUCCAAGAAUACAACAAUUCACCCUGGAAGCCUGGCUUGCUUAUUCCACACCACUACCAUCAAACCACAAGCAGCUUUUGUCCUUGUUUCUGAUAUGCUGUUGUAUUGCUGUUUCAAUAGGGGGCCUCUUCUACCAUUGGAUGUUUUCCUCACUCGAGUAUUCUUUUCAGUUCUCAGCCACAACUGCUGCUGUCAUUAGUCUUCUGGCCUUAUUGACCCUCUUCUUGGUACACCCCAUCCGUUGCAUGUUCACUAUGAUUGUGCCUACAUUAGGGACUAAGCAAGGGCGGAAGCUGCUUCUGUCUACCUGCUUCAUGAUUGUGGCUGUCAACAUAGUCCCAAACAUCAUGAACAACAUCCAAUCCAUACUGAAAGUCAUUGAAUGUAUCUGGAAGAAUUCCUCCAAGAGCCUUCUAACCUCCACCGUUCUGUUAGGAAGUGCUUCGCGAGAUUUCAGUGAAUAUCUGAUCAACAUGAAACAAGCAAAAGCCAUUUGGAAACCUAUGGAUAGCCCUGCUGAAUUUAAAACAUUCAACAACCACAACCUGCUGAAUCAGAAAAUGAUCAAUGCUAGCCAAGGAAUCAAGGAAGAUUUCUCGCAUGUUCAACUGUUGGCCCAGAAAAGCAUGCUGUUGGCCAACCGGGUGAUUGCUGGCUUCCUCCUCUUCUAUCUUAUUUUUGAGUCUGCUUGGUACCUGAAGUGCUACCUCACUGAUUUCCAAUUUGACAAUAUUUACAUCACCAAAAAGCUAAAAGCACUGGCUCAUAAAAACAAAGCAACACACCUACUGGUUUGCUCCCCGAAAAAAUUGAUUAAAUCAACUGGUCUCAGGCUCUCUCAAGAAGAACUCAUGACAUCUCUAAUGAACCUUUUUUUCCUGACAUUAGUGCUGAUGUUGAUGAUAGUGGUUAUAGUAGUGGACUAUGUUGUCUUCCACUUGGCGGAAGCAGCUGUGAUGGAAAUUGCUCAGUUCCCUGUGGUACCAAUUACAUUCCAGAUAAAAUACCAUGUGAAAAUAAUUCUGAGGUUUUUGGGAUUUUUUCCUCAUAAGAGUUUUUAUGAAACACACUGGUCUCCAUUUGAAAUGAGUUACCAUCUGAAUAUGAGUUUGGUUUCUGAUGACUGCUCCAUGAAGUGCCCGAAUCCUCCCAACACAGCUGUGACCCUGGCUGUUGGACUCCUAUGUUGUAUCAUUUAUGCCAUGGUAUUUCUGGAAACGUAUUCACAUAGACUCUGCCGAAAAAUUUCAGCCUCCUUUUUCGAGAGCCAAGAAGACCAGAGAGUCCAAUACCUCUACAGGAAACUUGUCAGGAAAUACAAGAAAAGGGAGCAAAAAGAGCAGGAACCAACUGUAAAAUUGCUUCCAUGAGGGAAGAAAGAUGUGUUUUCAUCUUAGAAGGGGAAGAAAACUUGGCAAAUGAUAUAAUAGCAGCUUUUAAAGUGGGUCUGUGUGGUUGUGUCCAUCUGACAGGCACGUUGGAUCUGAUAUGUUCUUUGUCAGGCAUUAUCAGAAGGAAUUAGACAUGACAGUAGAGAGCCAUGACAGUCGGAACCUCUGAUUGAGUUCCGCACUGUCAUGUCUGAAUUCCGUUGGAGUUCUGAUAUUCCUGUUGGGCCUGACAGGAAGUGCCGGUUCCCUGCCCUCUCCCUGUCUCCUUCCCUUACCAGGGACUGUGCAGGGCCAGGGACAGCAGGCACAAUGUCCUCUUCACUCCUACGGAGCACUGGAGCCAGCUGCUUGCCCUCGCUGCAGUUUCUAUUUCAAAACAUCCUCCUUUCCCCCACUUUAAGUUCUUCUAAGUCCCCAGAAAGAUGGUGCAUUUGGGGGUAUGUAGUAGUUUUAAGGGACCCCAGGGCCUGAGUGGGGUGAAAUGAGUGGUGGGAGGGCAGGGCAGCCAACCUGCUGCUUCCUCCAAUCCACUGCUUGAGGUGACUGCCUCACCUCACUUCAUUUGUGGAGCAUCACUGAUCUGAGUGUUGCUGCUGUGCCCUAUGCCCGAAAGAUGCUCUAGUGGUGCAGAGAGUAAUCAGAGGUACCCCCAGGUAAUUUUGGAACUUGGUCCUAAAGGCCUUUGGAACCCCCCUACCCCACAAGUUAAGCAUCAUCCCCCUACACAGACACCCCGUGACACAUGCAGUAUUUAAUACAUGGGUUUUUGAGGGCACAAAGAAGCUCUGAACUCACAAAAAUGUAAGAACAGAAAAUGGGUAUAUUUAUGCAAAUAUGCAUUAGCAGAAACAUUUCAACACACAACUUAAAAAU